UGACCGCGACAAAAGUGACUUCCUCUUUCCAGAGGAUUUAAGGCACAGCCCGGGAGUGCUGGGGAGCAGUGGAGGCCGCCCAGUCAUGGGGGACACUUUCAUCCGCCACAUCGCCCUGCUGGGCUUUGAGAAGCGCUUUGUCCCCAGCCAGCACUAUGUGUACAUGUUCCUGGUGAAAUGGCAGGACCUGUCGGAAAAAGUGGUCUACCGGCGCUUUGCGGAAAUCUACGAGUUCCAUAAAACCUUAAAAGAAAUGUUUCCUAUCGAGGCAGGGGAGAUCAACCCAGAGAACAGGAUCAUCCCCCACCUCCCAGCUCCCAGGUGGUUCGACGGGCAACGGGCCGCCGAGAACCGCCAGGGCACGCUGACCGAAUACUGCAGCACGCUCAUGGGCCUGCCCGCCAAGAUCUCCCGCUGCCCCCACCUCCUCGACUUCUUCAAGGUGCGCCCCGACGACCUCAAGCUCCCCACGGACAGCCAGACAAAAAAGCCAGAGACAUACUUGAUGCCCAAAGAUGGCAAGAGCACCGCAGCGGACAUCACCGGCCCCAUCAUCCUGCAGACGUACCGCGCCAUCGCUGACUACGAGAAGACCUCAGGCUCCGAGAUGGCGUUGGCCGUGGGGGACGUGGUGGAGGUCGUGGAGAAGAAUGAAAGCGGUUGGUGGUUUUGCCAGAUGAAAGCAAAGCGAGGCUGGAUCCCAGCGUCCUUCCUGGAGCCCCUGGACAGUCCCGACGAGACGGAGGACCCUGAGCCCAACUAUGCAGGCGAGCCAUACGUUGCCAUCAAGUCCUAUACUGCUGUGGAGGGGGACGAGGUGUCUCUGCUCGAGGGCGAGGCCAUUGAGGUCAUUCACAAGCUCCUGGACGGCUGGUGGGUCAUCAGGAAAGACGACGUCACAGGCUACUUCCCGUCCAUGUACCUGCAAAAGUCGGGGCAAGACCUGUCCCAGGCCCAACGCCAGAUCAAGCGGGGGGCGCCGCCCCGCAGGUCGUCCAUCCGCAACGUGCAGAGCAUCCACCAGCGGUCGCGGAAGCGCCUCACCCAGGACGCCUAUCGCCGCAACAGCGUCCGUUUUCUGCAGCAGCGACGCCGCCAGGCGCGGCCGGGACCGCAGAGCCCCCGGAGCCCGCUCGAGGAGGAGCCGCAGACCCAGCGCGCUAAGCCGCAGCCGGCGGUGCCCCCGCGGCCCAGCGCCGACCUCAUCUUGAACCGCUGCAGCGAGAGCACCAAGCGGAAACUGGCGUCUGCCGUCUGAAUCUGGACCGCAGUCCCAGCUAGCGUCUGGGCCCCUCCGCCGGCUCCCGUCCGGUCCCUGUAUAUACGUGUUCUAUAGAACCUGGUGUCUGGGCCCCUGCCCAGCGCCGCUCCCGCCACCCUCAAUAAAUGUUGCUUGGAGUGGA